CUUAUUACUUUUCUUUUCUCUUAUUUUUCAAAAAUAAAGUUUACUUUUCUUGUCGUCUAAUGAAGUUGGCAUGCUUGGUCUUCACCGGCAUGAUUGUGGCCAGUCCACUCAUAGCCAACGCGGCUCUUCAUUGUACAGCCGUUGACAGAAACUUGAAACCGUGCACUAGGUACUUAACCCAAGGUAAUCCAAUAACCUCAGAGUGCUGCAAGGGCGUUCGAAACCUUAACUCCAUGGCCCUAACGACCCUAGACCGUCGACAAGCUUGUCUUUGCAUUCAAUCUGCCGGUAAAGCUGUUGGCCCUGGUCUCAACGCUGGCCGUGCUGCUGGAAUUCCUAAGACAUGCGGAGUCAAAAUUCAUUACAAUAUCCAAAUUCGGACCAGCACCAACUGCAACACCGUGACCUGAGCGGCGGCUACUAGCUAGCGGAUAUUUCUAUGGACAUAAAUUGGAGAGUAAAUCAGAGAUUAGUAUUUUUUUUGUUUUGUUUAUGCAUUAUUUAUA